ACAAAAUCCUGCCAUGCUAUUGCAAUUGCAGCAAGCACAAUUGCAGCAGCAGCAGCAGCCACAACAGCAGCCACAACAGCAGGCCAUGGUCAACGGACGUCCUGGACUGCCAAUGGUUACCGAAGAACAACGGCAAGCGUAUCUGCGGAUGCUUAUCCAGGCUCAGACUGCUCAGGCUCAGGCUCAGGCUCAAGUGCAGGCCCGGAAUCAAGCAUCUAAUCAAGGUUUGCAGCAACCGCAGCAGCAGAUAACCCAGCCUGGUCAACCUCAGCCUAUGCCACACCAGACCCCACAACAGCAGGUCAUGCAACAGCAGGCCAUGCAACGGACAACGAUGCAAGCGCAAGUUCAGCCGCAACAGCUUGCUCCACAGCAACAACCUCAGCUACCCCAACAACAACCUCAGCUAUCGCAGCAGCAACCUCAACUGCAGCAACAAGGCCAACGGUCGCGCAUAAUUCAGCAAAUGCAACAAAUACUUCGUAUGCCCGCUCCACCCCCUGGCACAAAUCCGGAGCAGUGGCAGCAGCAGAAGCAGUGGGCUCAACAGACCCUGAUGCGUAUCCGACAGACUCAACUA